CGUCCGAACUUCAAGACCCAUAGUGCACUGCGUGGCUGUCGCGGUCGUGUGACGUCACGCAGGAAGGUUCAGGAAGGUGUUUAGUGUGUGUUACAUCAGUGGUGAAGACGCAUCUCAAAGGUGAAAUUAGAAAACAAACCAAGCGUGAUGCUGGUUUCACGGCUGUCAUGCCUGCGGUCAGUCUCUGCUGCCGGGCUGCGGUCAGUCCUGGGUCAGACUCCUCUAACCCUGCGCAGCUCAGCCCUCAUGAAGUCCUGCCCGCCCCUGAUGAGACCGCAGCAGGGUUAUUCCACCAAGACCAGACUGGGAUUCCGCCGGAGCAAGACUUCCAAAGAGCAACUUAAGGAUGCAGCGUUCGAACCUGCUACUGACACGGCAAUUAAAAUUGACAACAUGGGCAGGAUCAUCCUGGCAGGAGGCGCCGCCGUCGGAUUGGGAGCUUUAUGUUAUUACGGCUUCGGGAUGUCCAAUGAGAUGGGAGCCAUAGAGAAAGCAGUGAUCUGGCCGCAGUAUGUGAAGGACAGGAUCCACUCCACAUACAUGUAUUUCGCAGGCAGCGUGGGUCUGACGGCACUGUCCGCUGUGGCCGUCAGCAGAACACCGGCGCUCAUGGGACUCAUGAUGAGGGGCUCCUGGCUGGCUAUUGGUGCGACAUUCGCUGCUAUGAUUGGCGCAGGAAUGCUGGUGAGGUCGAUCUCGUACGAGAACAGUCCCAUGCCGAAACACCUGGCCUGGGCGUUACACGCAGGAGUAAUGGGAGCCGUCAUUGCUCCAUUGACUCUGUUGGGUGGACCACUGAUGAUUCGAGCAGCCUGGUACACAGCAGGCAUUGUGGGAGGUUUGUCGACGGUGGCCAUGUGUGCGCCCAGUGAGAAGUUCCUCAGCAUGGGCGGGCCGCUCGCCGUGGGGUUCGGAGUGGUGUUCGCCUCUUCUCUGGGCUCCAUGUUCCUGCCGCCCACUUCAGCGUUCGGGGCCGGUCUCUACUCCGUGGCUGUUUAUGGAGGUCUGGUGCUGUUCAGCAUGUUUCUGCUGUACGACACACAGAAAAUCAUCAAGCGUGCAGAGACGCACCCUCUUUAUGGCGUUCAGAAAUAUGACCCCAUUAAUGCAUGCAUGGGCAUUUACAUGGACACUCUCAACAUCUUCAUACGGCUGGUGAUGAUUCUAGCCAAUGGCGGCGGAAACAGAAGGAAGUAGCUUUAAGGAGACAAAAAGACACGAGACUGGACUGGAGCAGAUGAUGUUGCUAAAUAAAGUGUUGCUCAUUUAUUUUGCAUUUAUUUGUUUAAAAGCAGAAAAAAACGUUUGGAUUAUUUUCAGCUGAACGUGUUUCAGACAUUAAAAGGACAGACAGUCGAUGUUUCUUAUCAGAUGAGGGUGAAUGCAGAUCUUCUCACUCAGUUCCACAUUUGGUGUAAUUAUAACAACAAACAUUUUUGUCUAUUUAUUUUACAAAUGAUCUCACAGCAGACCAGAGUUAUUGCACAGAGAAUGUUUGUGUCACUGUGAUUCUUGUGUUCUUACAGUUUGACACUCGUGGUUCAAUAAACUUUAUUUGCAUCUACAUUUUA